UUGCAGGACUCGUUCCAACAGCCUGUUAAAACAUGGUGGAUUACUAUGAAGUUCUAGGCGUGCAGAGACAUGCCUCAGCUGAGGACAUUAAAAAGGCAUAUCGGAAACUGGCCCUGAAAUGGCAUCCAGAUAAAAAUCCUGAGAAUAAAGAAGAAGCGGAGAGAAAAUUCAAGCAAGUGGCUGAGGCGUAUGAGGUGUUAUCAGACGCUAAAAAACGGGACAUCUACGACAGAUAUGGCAAAGAAGGAUUAAACGGUGGCGGUGGAGGUGGAAGUCACUUUGACAGUCCGUUUGAGUUUGGCUUCACAUUCCGAAACCCAGAGGAAGUCUUCAGGGAAUUUUUUGGUGGAAGGGACCCAUUUUCAUUCGACUUCUUCGAAGACCCAUUUGAGGACCUCUUUGGGAAUCAGAGGGGCACCCGUAGGAGCCGGAACCGAGGCGCAGGGUCGUUGUUCUCCGCUUUCAGUGGAUUUCCUGCCUUUGGAGGGGGAUUUCCUUCUUUUGAUACAGGAUUCACGUCCUUCGGCUCGCUAGGCCACGGAGGCAUCACGUCUUUCUCUUCCACGGCGUUUGGCGGUGGUGGAAUGGGCAACUACAAAUCUGUGUCAACGUCUACCAAGAUGGUCAACGGCAGGAAAAUCACCACCAAGAGGAUUGUCGAGAACGGUCAGGAAAGAGUGGAAGUUGAAGAGAACGGCCAAUUAAAGUCCUUGACGAUAAAUGGUGUGGCCGACGAGGACGCCUUCGAGGAGGAGUGUCGGCGACGAGGCCAGAGCGCGCUGCCCUUCCAGCCCGCCAGCACCAGCGCUCGCUCACUGAGGUCAUACCGGCCCGCCUCUCUGCCCAAACACGCAUCCCACUACGUUGGUGAUGACGAGGACGAGCCAGGCCGUCCCUGGGCCACCGGCAGCUGGGAGCCCCCCUCUGUCUGGUUCUCAGCGCUGGGAGUGUCCAGGGUGACCACGGCAGGUUGUGAGGUGUGCGUCCGUCCUUGGUCCCGCGUCAGGCCGGCGUCUCGGUGCGUGCUGGAGGCCGGUUCUGUGGGCUUGGGAUGGGCGGUGCCUCUGGGCAAGGACCUCCCGGGAUGAAGCCUGUCCCUCCUCCAGAACUUCCUGUGGGAGCUCCGUUGCACGAAGCCCCUUCCAGCCCUUCUCAGGUGCAGCAGAGGUGUGUGUCGGGCUCUGAGCAGGACCAAAGGAAGUGUGCCCUGCGUCCCCCUGAAGGCGCACAUCCUGGGCUUCCAGCCGGGGCGCGGAGCCCCGCGGAAGGGUGCAGACCUGGCCACCGGCUGCCGGGGAGCCAGCCGGCAAAGGCAGAUGGGCAGAAACGGCCUUUUCCUGUGUGAUUAAAUGAAGAGUAGAGGUGAUUGGAAGGGCUGUGUGAGUUCAGCGGAAACUUGUUCUGCCUUGAAUAGGUGUGCGGACGCUCCCCCGGCUUUGUGGUCAGCUCCCGGGGCUGGCCGCUCUGGGGGUGGCCUUGGUGAGGGCAGGGCUGUGCCUCAGUCUCCCCAAACAGGUGACCUUCCAGCAGUGACGUAACGGCUGCGUCCCUCCGGUUGGAAGGACGCUAGGUGGGAAGUCCCAGUCGCAGGAGCAGGGUCCGCUGGCCCCUGGAGCAGGACGAGGGAGUGGGGCUCGGGCUGGGCUGCCAGCUGAAGGCCCUGUUGCCAUGGGUCCCGGGGUGGCGGCGCUGCCGGGGGACCCCGGGAGCAGGGGUUUGCAGGAAGAGCAGAAGGUGCUGCCGCUUUCUGAAAUCGCGGGGUUUUGUCAGUUUUACCCCCAGGGCCCUACCAGGUUUUGUUUCUGAGUGGGGAGGCCCAGCUGACUUAGGAGCCGCUCGAAUCCUCACACGGGCGAGGGACGGACUUGGCUCCUGCUGAACCCCUGCCUGUGGCGGGUGGUGGCGGAGCGCGGCCGGCGGGCUCUGAGGGCUGCCGAGUCAACCUCUUUUCUUGUUUCCUUUGAAAUCAAGUCAUGAGGCCUUCAAAGGAGUGUCUGGGUGAAGUCACCAAAGAGUUAAAGACGUGGGUUUUGCCUAAACGUGGCGCAUUGUGAGAAAGCACCGCCUGGUUCUGCUGGACGGUGGGCCGCGUGCCUGGCUCCCGCAGCCUGACAGCCUCUGCUCCGGGUGGUGGAGCCGUGGCCGCUGCACGGCGGUCCUGUCGGUUUGCAGGAAGGAAGCUGCGGUUUUGCUUGCUUGCUUCUCUUCCCAGAAGCACCUGUGAUUUCUUUGGGCUGGAAUCUCGGCUGCGUUUGUCUGGGAGGUUAGUGACAUGGCCCGGCCGCCCUGGUGGUGGCGCAGCAGCAGGUCUGUCCGGGUUUGCACUGACUCCCCCUGAGAUUUGUGUGACGCGUGUGGCUGGGGGCCCGCCAUGUCCCCAGACACUCCGUUCCCCCCCGACUUGAGGCCUCGGGUACCAGUGCAGGUCGUGCGCAGGGCUCACGCGCGUCACCCUGGGGUAGUUUCCACCACACGCUGACCUUCCAGAAGGUGGAGGUUUCCUGCUGACAGCCGGCUCUCAGGAUAAGCGGCACUGCUCUUCGUAGCUCAGAUCCGAGGACUGUCCUUGGUGACGGGAGGCACUGCCACCUGGAGGCUGCUCCCUGGACCGCAGCGGUCCCUGAAGCGGGGAGGGGCAGAGGAGAGGUGGUUUCCACACUGGUGCCUGCCUUCGGGUCUGUAGCCGGGCCGGUCGGUGUCCCCCGGGCGCCCCAGACGCACAGGACUGGCACCUGCCCGGUGGGACGUACCCUGGAAUCCUGUCAUUUAUGCUGAAUUCCUUUAGUUUGUCCGCGGUUAUUUUUCUGUGUCUUAAAAUUGAAGGUGUCUUGUUGCAGAUGUGGCGUUUAAAUAAGAAAUUUGAGUGAGGAAUUGACUCCCACCGCCUUGUGCUGUGACAGCAGGCGGUCUCCCCGGAGGCGCCGUGGCUGGGAGGACGGCUGAGCCCCAGCUCUGCCCUCUGCGUCCCCAGAGCUUCCAGGUCCCUUCUGGGUCAGGUGGUAGGAUUUCAUGACCAGAGACAGGUGUGGGGCCCAGGUGGGAGGAGGGAGCACGUCACCGGGCCUGCCAGUGCCUCCGUGGGGCCUGGCCUGGCCCAGGGGCAGCCCAGUCGCAGGGACAGGGACCUCGGGAGUCUGUGGAUGCUGGUACGUUGGCAGGUGCUGCUCUUCUUGUUGGCUUGUUGUGCAUGUAGCUGAGCCCGGUGGGGGAAGAGAGGCCAUCGUCCUCUCCCUCUCGUGAGCCAGACCCUUUGUCGGGGCCACUUCCCUAAGCCCAUGGCCUUGACGGCUCCUGAUGGGCGGAUGGCCUCCGUGCUGCUGGGGAGGUGGGCAGGACAUGCAGGCCUCACGGAGCCCUCGGGACACGUCAGCCGGGGCCGCGGCAAGCACGUGUGUGUGAGGUUUGAGUCGGUGGGAAGGCUGGCGGGCGGGGGCACCUGCAGCCCUGCGGUAUCCAAGGCACGUGCGUCUCCCUUGACCCCAUGGGUCACAGGCGUCGCGGGCCGUUAUGGAUUGGCUGGAGGCGCCCACCUGACCGCCACCAGGCCCAGCCCGCCGGGGACUGCCGUUCUGUGAGGACCGGAGGCCCCGGCAUGGAUGCGUGAGGGUCCUGCCCUCCGUGUGUGUCUGCUCCAGAGGGGCGCCAUCAAGUUUAAAAUCCUGGCAGUGCCUUCAGGCAAUCUUUCCAGCAGGCUUGGGGCCCGUGUGUGUUAAGUGCAGUGGUCCAGGCCGGGUCCAGGCAGGCCACCCCGUGGAUCUUUUGUGACCCAAGGUCAGCAUUGCGCUUCCCUGCGUCCCAGCCCUCGUGUGGAUGGCUGGCUCCGGGACAGAACCACUGGAGGGCGAGCGGGUCACGCUGGCUCCUUUGUCCGUGGGCUCCAGGCAGGCACAUGACAUGGGGGACGAAAGGCCUCAGCCACGUCGAGCCCGGAGCCCGCGGCCGGGCCGCGGGGGUGGCGGGCAGGGGCGGCUCUGCGGGGCUGUGGCGCUCUUUGGGUUGUGUUGAAGCUCUGCGUGAGUCUCCGUUUUCCCUGAGCUUCGGUGCGGACCAGGUGGAAGGGGGCGUGACCGGUGUGUCUUCUGACCUGGGGGGUGUUUGCCUCUCGGUGGGGAAGCAGCUGCUCCUGCCCAGUGUUUCACACGCCUGUUUCCUUAGGAUUCAGAGAAGGUGGCAAGAGGAAGAAGCAGAAGCAGAAGGAGGAGUCGAAGAAGAAGAAGUCGACCAAAGGGCACCUCUAGACGGGCCGCUCCGUGGCCGUGCGCGCGCGUUAGGUAGUGGCACCUGCUUCUCCACGUCCCGAGACCACACCUGCUCACGGCGCGGGGGACGCGCUGGCCGACCCGUGGGGCUGGCAGAGGCGGGGAGGGGCCUACGGGUGGCGGUGGUGGGACGCGGAGCCACCCGGGCCGUCCCUGCCUCUCCUCCCCGGCUCUGCGCCGGGGGCGCCUCCCCGCUCCCCCGGCGCGCAGUGCCAAGACGCUUGUAGCUUUAGCUGUGUGCCCAGGACGGACGGCGUGUGCGUGUUCGUGGAGCGACCUCCUCUCCUGCUGGCCGCAGCGCUUGACUCUAGACUCCAGUGCAGCGUAGGGAAUGUAGAGGUGCCUCCUGAACAUGGGCGGCCGUUCCUUGGUUUCAGGAGCCAGACCCUCACGGUGGCCCCUGGCCGGUCACGUCAGGCGUGUGGUCAUCCUCGUGUUUGUGGUUUUAAUUUUAAUCCUCUCCAGGGGGUCCAGAUGCAGCUGGAGUUAUCCCACGUCUCUUGGACCCAUAGCUGUUCUGGGCGUGUGCACGGGGUUCUACAGAGUUCGGUCUGGCCACACCACCCUGGCUCUCAGCUCCGGUCCUGCUGGAGGUUCGACAAACUCCCUGCACCUGGGUAGCUGUGCUCAGCCAGUGCCGGCUCCUCGGGGCCACUGCGCCCUGGACAGCUUCCCGCGGUUACUUCUCUGCGGGACGUGCCUCCUCCCCUCCCUCCCGCCAGGGCGACUGGACCCCGUGCUGCCCCCCUCCCCGCCCGCCUGCCACCUGCGGUCAGGCCCCCGGGGUCCCCCUCCCUUUGCUCUCAGACACUGGCAGCUUUUUUAAGUGGUGGCAGCUUUGACCCUGCAGUGUUGGAACUGGGCACCUGGGGCACGGCCCUCGCGGCAGCACCGCGGGCGUGGAAGCCAGGAACGAGCGUGCCCUGUGUUUGAAGGCCGGGUGGUGGCAGGAGGCGGUGCGGACUCGGGGGAAGAGUGGACAGGGUUUAAUGCUUGGUGUGGAAAACGCAACCAUGGAAGCAUCGUGGGUUUUCAGUGCCCCCCGCGUCAAUAAAGUGCAAGCGCAUUGACUCAC